CUCAUUUCUUUGUGAUCACUGGCCAGUUCAAAAAGCACAUUUGAAUGGCUAAAGUCCUGACCGGAAAACCGUUGAUGAGUGACUGGGACUGUCGGAAAAUUAUUGAAUUUUCCGACCAACAGGUAAGUUUUUCCGAUGUUGUUUUUGGAUUCUUAGAAGAAGAAGAAGAAGAAUCACCUAAGAUUUCUUGCAACUCCAUUGAUUAUAUUGAGGAUGAUGAAGAUAAUUCUUGUACUGUUGAAGGCAAUAGAAAAUUUUGGGAAACCCAAAAUGAACUUCUUAAGGCAACAUUAUAUAGAACUAGUUCCUUCGAAACAAAAAUUCGCCAAACCACAAAAGACGCAAUUAGGGAAAUUAAGCAACUAGGGUUGCAUUGCCGGUGUCACAAUCCGGCCACCGGAGAGUGCCGGAAUUGUUUGCGUAAAGAGAUUUCAUUGAGGCUUCGAACCAAAGGUUAUAAUUGUGCCAUUUGCAAGUCCAAGUGGAAGAGCUCUCAAGAAAUCCCAUCAGGAGAGCAUACUUACUUGGAAGUGAUAGAGAAGUUAAGUUCCAAGAAAGGAGAAGUAAGAGUGGUAAUUGAAUUAAAUUUUCGAGCCGAAUUCGAAAUAGCAAGAGCGAGUGAAGAUUAUAAUCAACUGAUGAACAAUUUACCAGAAAUAUUUAUUGGAAAAGCAGAGAGAUUAAAGGCCUUAAUCAAAAUAUUAUGUUCAGCUGGAAAAAUGUGCAUGAAGGAGAAGAAAAUGCACUUAGGUCCAUGGAGGAAGCACAAGUAUAUGCAGUCUAAAUGGUUAGGCACGUGUGAGAGGACAACAGUACCGGCGGUUCCAUUGCCGGUGGGAUAUUCCGACCGGCCGGCCAAGCCUAGAGCCUCCAUGUUAACUUAUGAUUUGCUGGACACUUUGCCUGUCUUGCACUACUACAGUUAAAGUUUUGUGACGGUUAAAAGAAAAAAAUAAUAAAUUUGGAUUUUUUUUUUUUUGAGUUUUAAAAAUAAGAGUAUGGUGUUUGCAAAAUGCAAAUUAUGUAUGAAGGUGAAGAACUUGUGUGAGAGGAGUGUAAUAAAACGGAAAAAUGGUAAGAAUUGUAUAUAUGAGAAUUGAUUAA